AUGCUUCGGCCGAACCAAGUCCUGAGUCUCCAGCGGAGUAGGGGAGCUGGUACCUUUAAGAGACCCCCCCGGCCGCCCUUCUCCUUCCUUUGUUCCUGUGGCUGGGGGGGGGUUAUCCCCCCCCUCCACAACAUGGAGCCAUCUCCUCUGUCUCCCAGUGGAGCAGCACUCCCCCUGCCUCUAUCACUGGCUCCACCCCCACUACCUCUGCCAGCAGCUGCAGUGGUACACGUGUCUUUCCCUGAGGUGACCAGUGCCCUCCUGGAAUCCCUCAAUCAGCAGCGGCUGCAGGGCCAGCUCUGUGAUGUGUCCAUCCGAGUGCAGGGCAGGGAGUUCCGGGCUCAUCGGGCUGUCCUGGCUGCCUCCUCCCCUUACUUCCAUGACCAGGUCCUACUCAAGGGUAUGACCUCUAUCUCGCUACCCAGCGUCAUGGACCCAGGCGCUUUCGAGACUGUCCUGGCUUCUGCUUACACAGGCCGCCUCAGCAUGGCCGCUGCUGAUAUUGUCAACUUCCUCACAGUGGGGUCUGUGCUCCAAAUGUGGCACAUUGUGGACAAGUGCACUGAACUCCUCCGAGAAGGCCGGGCCUCGGCCACGACCACCAUCACUACUGCUGCAGCCACCUCUGUCACUGUCCCUGGUGCUGGGGUUCCAUCAGGGAGUGGGGCCACUGUUGCCCCCGCCACCAUGGGCUCCAUGCGUUCCCAUGCCUCUAGCCACGCCAGUGAGAAUCAGUCUCCCAGCAGCAGCAACUACUUCAGCCCCCGGGAAUCCACUGAUUUCUCAUCUUCCUCUCAAGAGACAUUUGCAGCUUCUGCAGUGGGCAGUGGAGAGCGGCGAGGAGGCGGCCCUGUAUUCCCAGCCCCUGUGGUUGGCAGUGGGGGGGCUACAUCUGGGAAGCUGCUGCUGGAGGCAGAUGAGCUGUGUGAUGAUGGUGGGGAUGGGAGGGGGGCAGUCGUCCCUGGGGCUGGGCUCCGGCGGCCCACCUACGCACCCCACAGCAUCAUGCCACAGAAACACUGGGUGUAUGUGAAGCGGGGUGGAAACUGCCCCGCACCAGCACCCCUGGUUCCCCAAGACCCAGAGAUGGAGGAGGAAGAAGAGGAGGAAGACCUGGUGUUGACCUGUGAGGAUGAUGAAGAUGAAGAGCUGGGAGGUGGUUCUGGGGUUCCAGCGGGGGGAGGGCCUGAAGCUACCCUCAGCAUAAGCGAUGUCCGCACCCUGACUGAGCCUACCGACAAGGGGGAGGAGCAGGUCAACUUCUGUGAGUCCUCCAAUGACUUUGGCCCCUAUGAGGGUGGGGGUCCCGGCGCAGGGCUUGACGACUCAGGGGGACCCAUCCCCACCUCCUAUGCCCCCUCCCACCCUCCGAGACCCCUCCUUCCUUUGGACAUGCAGGGCAACCAGAUCCUGGUCUUCCCAUCAUCUUCAUCCUCCGCCUCACAGGCUCCGGGCCAGCCACCAGGGAAUCAAGCCGAACACCACGGGGCGGUGACCCCAGGGGGCACAUCGGUGGGGGGCCUGGGUGUGCCAGGUGGCGCUGGCGGGGCCCCUGGAGGGACCAGCAGCGGGGACGGGAAUAAGAUCUUUCUGUGCCACUGCGGGAAGGCCUUCUCCCACAAGAGCAUGCGGGACCGGCACGUGAACAUGCACCUCAACCUGCGGCCCUUUGACUGCCCUGUGUGCAACAAAAAGUUCAAGAUGAAGCACCAUUUGACUGAGCACAUGAAGACGCACACAGGUCUGAAGCCCUACGAGUGCGGCGUCUGCGCCAAGAAGUUCAUGUGGCGAGACAGCUUCAUGCGCCACCGGGGACACUGUGAGCGCCGGCACCGCCUGGGCGGGGCCGGACCCGGGGCGCCCACGGGUCCAGCCUUGCAGCCCAAGAGUGAGUCCUCCGGAGCGGGCGGGGUCAGUGGCGAUGAGGCAAGUGGGGCCACGCCCCAGUCCAGCAGACGUGUUUGGUCCCCACCCGGCGUCCACAAGGUGGAGAUGGGCUUCAAUGGGGGCGGAGGAGCAAACUGAAGGGGCAGGCUACUUGGGAGUAGCUUUCGGGAAAGAGGGAAUAGGGAGCACAGUCCAGGGACGCUGUGGCCCCUGGUCUCUCACCCUACUUACUGUCUUCCUUUAUCUCUAUGGACUUGUACAUAUUCUGGAGGGGGAACCCCGUUGCACCAUGGCCAGCCCAUUCCACCCCUCAGCUCCUCCCUCCCUAGGUGUCCCUUCCUUCCCCUCCGAUGGGUCCAUCGAAGCCCCAGCUUCACAGAGUAGGGCGCGCAUGAUGAGGGGAGGGAGAGGGGAAGUUUUGAGCAUCCUGGAGUCACAGGGUCAAGGGGUCAGGUGGUUGUAGUCUGUGCCUGAAGUCUGUGUUUGUGUUGUUGUGGGGACCAGACCUUUGAGUCCCACCUUUGUCCCAGAACCUACCCCCUCCCAAAGGAUGAACCCCUUAUUUCUAUCCUAUCUUACCCCCCUCCCCUGGGGAUCCCCAACUCUGUUCUCGUGGGGGAGUGGGUAGAGACCAGGAGGGAGUAAGUCGUAGGAGUACGAAGUUUUUAUUUUUUUAAAAAAAUAGUGAUUAAAAUAUUUAUUGGUCAUUUCACUUGGCUUCCC